CUCGUACGGCUCCUCUCGCCCCACUCUCCAGCUCUCGAACCUCGCGCUCGCAUCCCUACUCCGUCUAACAGGUCUGUAAACAUGUCGCUCAGUCAGUGGUGGGAGCAGCUAGAGGAGGAGGCGCUGCAAGAGGAGGCACAGGACGUUCAGGCUCGCUACGCCGGCCAAUUCGCCUCUCAGCGCACAGCAGGCCCCCCACUCGGCCCCUCUGGCCCGGCCAAGCGCCAGGCGGCCGCCGCGGCCGGCGGCCGCGUGGCUCCCGUGUCAGCGCCCCCUCGCGGCCCUGGCCCCAUCCUGCAUCGCAAACAGCCCUCUCGGCCACAACCCGACCCCCAAGGUGCGGAGGUCGUGGGUUUCUGGGAGGAUAACCCGGGAGAAGUGGUCGGGGUAGCCUCGCCAGCGCCACAGGCGCCUCAGCAGCAGCCGCCCCCCGGGCAGCCGCAGCCGGCGGCCGCGCCCCCUCGCAUGCGGGGCCGCCUUCGCGCUCGGGCACCGGUGUGGAAGGCUUGGAUCGUCAACUCGCUCGUCCUGUCCUGGGUCCUACAAGGCUUUCCCCUUAUCUGGGAGCACAACCCUCCGCCACCUUUCUCGGCUGGCAACCACGCCUCGGCCGAGAAGCACGCGGCCUUCGUGGACUCGUCCAUCGCCGACAUGCUCGCCUCCAACACCAUUCGGAAGUGGGUCGGCACGCCUCACAUGGUCUGCCCCCUCGGUGUGGUGGAGCAAGGCGAAAAAUUGCGGCUCAUUUGGGACGGGCGCGCCGUGAACGAUUACCUCCAUGUUCCAUCCUUCCGCUACGAGGACCUUCGCGCGGUGCCCAACUGGCUGCGAAAAGACGACUACGUCUUCACGUUGGACCUCAAGAGCGGCUAUCAUCACCUCGACAUUCGGCCCGACUGCUGGAAGUACCUCGGUUUUUGCUGGCGCGGGCAAUUCUACGUCUUCACGCAACUGCCGUUCGGGCUCGCCAGCGCCUGCUGGGCGUUCACCAAGCUCAUGCGCGAGGUGUUCCGGCCUUGGCGACGAAAAGGCUGGCGGUGCUGCUCGUACAUCGACGACUCCGCGCACGCAGACCAGAACGCUGAGACGCUCGUGGCUCGCCGCGAAAUCAUACUCGCAAAACUGGCCGACUUGGGCUUCAACGUCAACCUGGCCAAGUCCAUGCUCGGCCCGCCACAACACCGCUUCCGCUACCUCGGCAUGCUCAUCGACACGUCGGAAGGUGUGUUCAUCGUGCCCGACGACAAGCGCUCACGCGUGCUGGACAGCAUUCGGGGCCUGCUCAAAACGAAGCGGCCCUCCGCGCGGGCGCUCGCCUCCGUAAAAGGCCAGCUAGUCUCCAUGACCUGGGCGAUGGGCCCCUGGGCCCGCCUCCGCACUCGCGCCCUCGGCCAGCUCAUCGAAACUCGUCGCUCCUGGGAAUCACACUUGCGCCUCUCGGAGGAUGCGCGGGACGAGCUCACGUGGUGGUUGGACUCCUUCGACAAGUUCAACGGCCGGCGGCCCCUGUGGCCGCCGGUGCGGGUCACGUCCCUCAUCCACUGCGACGCCGCCGGCCGCUCUGCAGACGGCCUCGGCGGCUGGGGCGCCUGGACCGUCCUGGACGGGCAGCUAUCCGCAGCCAGAGGCAAUUGGAAGCCCGCGGACAGCGCCAUGGGCUCGACACCUCAGGAGCUCCGCGCCAUUCUGCUCGCGCUCCAAUCCUUCGACGGCCCCGCAGGCCUCGCUGGCCACGCGGUGUGUGUCCUUACCGACUCGCUCAACGCCUCCAACGUCAUUAACAAGGGCUCUGCGCGCGCCGACAACUCGCACGCCAUCGCUUGCACCCUGCACGGCUACUGCUUCGAGCGCGCCAUCAACAUCCGCGCCGAGUGGAUCCCGCGGGAGCAGAACCAAAUCGCGGACCACCUGUCCAAGCUGCGCGACUCGGACGACUGGAUGGUGAACCCUACCCAGUUCAAACGCCUCAACAAGCUGUGGGGGCCGUUCGACAUCGACCUCUUCGCCUCCCACACCAAUCACCAGCUGCCUCGUUACUACUCGCGCUUCCUCACACCUGACACGUCGGGAGUGGACGCCUUCCGCUUCGCUUGGGGCCGGCGCUGCUGGGCUAACCCGCCAUUCGGAAUCAUCCUGAAAGUGCUGCGGCACGCCCGGGAGUGCAAGGCUCGCCUCUGCCUCAUCGUGCCGUACUGGCCGACUCGCGAUUGGUGGCCGGAGGUGACCACCGACGAAGGCUCGCGCUUCUGCCACUUCGUGCACGGCGUGCGCAUGCUGGGCCGCGCGUCCAACCUCUUCCUGCCGGGCUCCACCGGCAACUCGCUGCCCAAGGGGGCGGCGGAACUAGGCCUGCGGGCGCGGGCGCUGCUGCCCGGUAGCCACGCCGCGGACACGGAGUGCCAGGCGCUGGCCGCGCAGCUGGCCGAGGAGGCACCGCUGUCUCGGCGGCCGGCGACGCACAGCCAGUAUGGCGGCCCGUGGCGCAGCUUCCUGGCCUGGUGCCGGCGGCGCGCCCCGCCGGUCCCACCCUACGCCGCCUCGCCGCAGCUGGUCGCCCUCUAUCUGCAAUCGGUCCUCAACUCGGCCACCGCGGACGGGUCCGGCCCCAGCCGAGUCGACGUAGCUGGCAAGGCCAUCGCCUUCCACUACAGCCUGGCGGGCCUGCCCAACCCAGCCGCAGCGGAAAGCUGCGCAAACGUGCGCGCCACCGCGGCCCGGCGGCUGCAGGUGCAGCGCUUGCAUCGGGAGGCCAUGUCCGCCGCCGACCUGGCGGCGGUCCUGUGCGCCCACGCCGGGCCCGGCGCCCCGCUGCUGCGCCUCAUGAUGGCCACGACCGUGGCCCUCAUGUUCUACGGUUUCCUGCGGUUUGACGACAUGGCGGAGGUCAGCGUUCACGCCGACCUGCUGCUCAUCACGCCCCGCCACAUGGCCAUUUUCAUCCCCCGGUCCAAGACCGACGUGGCCAUGGACGGUCAGUGGGUGCACAUCGCCCGGCUGCCCCACCUAGGCGGUUUCUGCCCCGUGGCGCUCACGGAGCGGCUGCUGCGCCAAGGCGCCUACCGCCGCCUUCCGGCGGCGGCCGAUGAGGACGUCGGGCCGCUGCUCCGUACGGUGCAGUACACGGCCGCCGGCGGCCGGCUGCAGCGCCUGGUGGGCACGCGGGCUUCGCCGGUGUUCAGCAUGUCUUACGGCGCUUUCCGCUCCAACUUCCUGGCCCGCCUGCGGGAGGCGGGCGUCUCGGGCAACAUCAAGCCGCACUCGAUGCGCAUUGGUGGCAACAGCGCCGCGGCUGACGCGGGAGUUCCGGCGUCCCUGCGGCAGGUGCACGGCCGCUGGAAGCCCGCCACUAUGGUCGGUCACUACACACGCCCCACCCUCGAGGACACCCUCGGUGUCACCCGCGCUAUGGGCCUCGCUGGAGGAUCGCUCGGCCCUUCCGGCGCCGGCGCCUCCGGCAUCCGUGCUGUUGCCUCGGUGUCGCCGCCGGUUCGCGCGGCCGCCGGCCCUCGGCCCGCCGCCGUGGUUUUGGCGGCGCCGCCGGCUGGCGGCUUGGCCGCUGGCGCGGUGGCGCCCUUGGCGGCGCCCCGGGCGCUGGUGCUUCGUGGCGUGGGCCGCUCGUCUCGCCGGGGCGUCACGCGUGGCGUGCGGGUUGCUCGUGGUGUUCGGCUCGCCGUGUCGGGCCGUCGGCGUUCGAGUUAGCUUGUUGGCUGCGCUUUGGUUGCGGUGGCUCCGUUCUGAGGCUGUGUUGUUGUUUGCUGCUGUUCGGUUUUGUUGCUCGGGUGUGGCGUGUGUUGUCGCGGCGUUCGCCCGCCUUGCGCCGUCUCUGGUCGUCGGGCCUGUGUGCUGCUUUCGGUUCGGUUGUCUUUUGCUUUUCUGUGUUGCUUUCGUUCCGGCGCGUCGGCGUCGCGCGGGCGCUCUUGCGCCCUGGGCUUGUGUGUGUUGGCUCUCGCCGCUUGUAAGGCCCUCCUCCU